AUGUCGUUCAUAUUCCGGUUCAGAAAAAGUAGCAGUGGGAAAUUAAAACUUCGAGGAAUAGAAGCUUACAACAAUGGCAAUUACACCAAAGCCGUAAAAUAUCUCAGUGAGCAUCUCAAAAAGUGUCCAAGGAGUUAUUCGGAACUUUUCUUUCGAGCACAAGCAUAUAUCAAUUUACAAAACUACAGCGCAGCAAAGCAAGACCUCGACAUCAUUGUUGAAAUUCAACCUAACUCUAUCGAUGCAUGGAUUUUGCGUAGUCAAGUCUGCCGUAUUCUCAAAAUGACAGAUCAAGUACUUUUUUCUUUAGGUUGGGCUUUAGACCUUGACCCAACUAAUCAAGAGGCAUUAUUCGCUCGAGCUGUUUGUUAUUACGCUCGUUACAGUUAUAAAGAGGCACUUAACGAUGUGAACAUUUAUCUGUGUCGUGCGCCCAAUGACACUUCGGCCAUUAAGCUUAGAGCUCAGGUAUACCAUGGUUUAUCGAACAUGCAACGAGCAAUAGCAGAUUUGAAUAGGUGCGAACAAAUUAACGAAAGGGAUUUGGAGGCCAUAUUACUCAAGGGGAGAGUUUAUCGAACGUUCCUUGCACAUGAAGAAGCAUUGAGGGAAAUAAAUAAAGCACUCUACCUCGACCCGAAAAACGCAUUGGCUAUUGGCAUGCGAGGUGACAUUUAUGCGUGUAUGAAGUCGUUCACGAAGGCAAUAAGCGAUUUCGAUAGAGCAUUAGAGCUCGACCCAGGCAAUGCUUACGUACUAAUGAGGAGGGGGGAACUUUGCAGUCGUAUGAAAGAAUAUUCCGCAGCUGUACAAUGGUUCAGCAAAUCUAUAAGCAGGGAUCCUGAUAAUCCGAAAACAUUAGGCUGGCGAGCUGAGAUUUAUUUUCGCUUACGUCAAUAUGACCUUGCAUAUAAGGAUGCUAAGAAAGCAUUGGACAUUCAUCCUUUAGAAGCCGUUGCGUUAUGUGCGAUGGGCUCUAUACUUGAAGAGAGCAAAGAUUAUGAGGGUGCCAUAAAACACUUGACAAAUGCCAUAAUCGUUUCUAGUCGAACAGCAUCCUUAUAUUACAAGAGAGGUAACAUUUAUUGCCACCAGAAAAGGUACGACUUGGCUUUAGCUGAUGCAAAUAUGGCUGUAAGGUUAGAUCCGAGAAGUCUUUAUCUGGAUUUACGGGGUGGUUGCUAUUUUAUGUUGGGACAAUAUGAACUGGCUCUUGCUGAUUUUACAAUAGUUCUCCAAAGUGAACCGGGAAACAAAAGAGCAAGGAAAUAUAUGAACAUUAUUCAUAAUAUUAACGAACAAAUGUCAAUCCAUAGUGGUUCAUACCGUGCUAACGAACAAAUGUCAAUCAAUAGCGGUUCAUACCACUUUACAGUAUGA